AUGAACAGGCUUAGUUGGAUGGCUUCAAGUCAUGCAGGCGACGAGCAGCAGUACACUAGCUGGUCGUCAGCCGCUGCCAACAAUAACCAAUCCUCCCCAGGUCGUCGAGACCAGGCGGUGCAGCCGCCUUUGUUGACGACUGCACUGAGUGGCCUUCAAUUCCACCACGGAACGACCCCUUUAUCUUCAACUUCGCUUUCGAGUCCGUUUAUUCAUACCCAGUCUCCAUGCGUUCCAUCUCCAGCAAACGCUCGGUCCACGUCAUCCUCUAGACAGGCAGCGAACUAUAGUGUCCCUUAUAAUCCACAAGACUGGGGACCUCCUAUUGCUGCCGCUGCUCAAGCUCAAUACUCUCAUCAAACCACUCAGGUUCGGGUUGUAUCCCAGCCGAGAACUCAUACAGAGGAAUCUUUGUCACCACCACCUCCACCAUACUCACCCCCGAGCAACCAAAAUCGAGUAUCGCAAGGAACGUUUGGAUCCCCCAACCCCAAUGUUUCGGUGACGCCUUCGGUGACGCCACCCCAGAACCCUCCCAGGGAUGGAGAUUUUUUUGCAAAUCCCGAGUAUCCACGGCGUUCAGCACAUCGUCCUCGUCCACUUUCUAUGGUCUACACAACCGACACUGAGUCUCAUCACCAAUUGCCACCUCCACCUCCCCAACAGGGUAACCAGGGAUCUAGAUCUGUCUCACACAGUCGACUUGAUGGAAACCAGGGCUUGCCUUAUCACACCGCUCAAUCUCAUUCCAGGACUCGAGUCUCCCUUUCGUCCUAUGAACAAGCUAUGCCAUCGCCAGCUAUUAGAGAUCAAUUACCAGGACCUUCUUCUGGCCAAUUGGAAGCACCUUCGAGGCCACCUGCAUCGCGAAGAGCUGCCUCUGCGGGUGCGGUUGUCAGCAGUGCAGGCCCUUCGAGGGAACAUAGUCAAACGAGAGAUCGAUCUCCAUCUAGCAGUGGCUGGGCACUAGGUAUGCCACUUCCACCACCACCGCCAGGUCCACCUCCAACCGUGCGGUCUGUCAGCGUGAGCGGUUCAUCGGAGUCGUCUUCCGCGAGAACACCUCAAGGUCAGGUUAGAAGUAGAGCUCGACCACCACCUAUGAUGGGAACUGGCCUGGGGAGUAUUCCACCAACCCCUGCUGACUGGGUGGAUGAAGAAUACUUGAAAAGUCGGCCAAGUCGGGACGAGCCAUUGCAUAUCGACACCACCAAAGCGAUCUCAGCACCUGAUCGAGCCGAAUAUCUUGACUCCAAUGGCGAAGUACGCGAGAACCAAAAAACCCCGGGAAGCGGUGGUCUUUUCCGUAGCCCGGCAGUCCGUGAUCCAAGUGCCAAGGGUAUUCGUGAAAGGCGAAUUGAGCGUCGAAAUCGGCAGAGUCAAACAUUCGACGAUAUGAGUGCUGUGUCUUCCAGUGGAAACCCCUGGGCCGAUGCUUUAGAACAGAUCAAACCAUCGAAUUUGGUUCUCCCAGAAGCGAGUAAUUCUCCCGAUCCAACACAACAGCCCUCAUCAUCAAGAUUUACCCCCAAAAGUUCAAGGAGUCUUCCCUCGGAGGCUCAAUUUACUACCUCGCGGUCUCGAGCGAGUUCUGGGGGCCUCUUCACUGACCAGUCGUCUUACUCUUCGCCCAAAUUGGAAUCAAGCCCGACCCCUGGACCCAGUGGGCCAUCGGCUACAUUCGCGCAUACGCCUCCCUUCUCGCCAAAUGGUGAACCUUCGUCCGCUCAUCCCAAAGAGCCGCCCCAGCCAAUACCACCAAAAGCACUGCCAACUCCUCCGCUGGGUUCUGGCAAGGAAUUUCAGCCACAGCCCCGGCCUCGUGGUUCUUCUCGAAGUCGGGAGGAUCGUCCAAUCUCACAUAUUUUGCAUAUGCCGAAUGAUGGUGCUCCUAUGAUGAAGCCACUCUCACCCCGUCGAGUCCCACUGCAACAGGCGACGCAGUCAGCUUCCCUAGAAUCUAUCAUUAAGCAAGAUACCGAUUUUAUGCAGGAUGCUAUACAGCGGCACAGAAAGUUUAUUGAGGAUGAGGCUGCUGCUCCAACCGAGGCGGAAGCCCUAAAGGUCUUUACACAGUACAUGAUCGCCGAAUCGCAAAUCCGGCGUGGGCGGUAUGCCUCCGUCUGGGACUCUGGGUCCUUUGACGCCGAAAGUAUGCAUAGCAAGCUCUUUGAACGCCCCGUUGAACCUCCGAUAAAAACAAUCAGACCUGCCCCAAUGCUGGAAAUUCCUCCAAAUCGACCUGGUAGGCCGGAUUCUGCGUGGUGGAAUAACUAUCAGCCUUGCCUGUCGCCUAUUGCCAGUCUCAAUAUGAGCAACGACGAGAUGAGCUCGCGGGGUCGUGCCCCCAGCCGCUGGUGGGAGUCUAAGACAGGAUCCAGUAGCGAGGGGGAUGGAAGACGUGUGCGGCGCUCCAAGCGUGAAUCGAAGUAUAUGGGAUUGGCUCGAGAUGCCAUGCAGUGGGAUCAGGAACGGACCCCAUCUAAACUUGAUGAUGCGGGUGCAAACUAUACGGACCAGUACAUGCCUUAUGGGCCCGACGAAUAUCCGCCAGAGAAGGUCGGCUGGCACGAUGAAGAGAAGGAGUAUCCUAGUGCAGGCGCCGAGCGCCGCUAUGAACAGUUCAUUGGCAACCAAAAGCUAGACAUUUCACGACUGGUGACUCUACCUCCACCAUACCCACGUCACUACCCAGCGGUCAACAAUGGGCAUCCAGAUCUCGUAUCAUAUCGGACAACGGUUCGAUCCAUCACUGAUAUCUCUGAGAUAAAGUCCACCAGGCAGCGUUAUCAGUUGGAUGUUGAGAGGAUGACUCAAGAAAACCAGGACCAAAUUCAAGAGGGUCGUCGCCAUUUCAAAUCUAAUAUUCAGAGCCAGAUCCAAGAAGGCAGCCUCACCUUUGCGGAAGCUGCUGAGGCCGAAGCUGCCAUGAUAGUUGAUGAACACAGACGCGAAGGUGAACUAGCAAAGCGCCAGCUGGAGUCGUAUCAAAAGAUGGUGCUGAAGCCAAUGCAUGCCAUAAUUAUGGAUCGUAUCGACAAAGCAACAUCCUGCAUUGACGAGCUGAGCAGUAGGCUUUUUGACGAUGCACAGCAUGAGACACCUGAUCAGACGCAAGAGGAAGGCGAUGAAAAGCCCGAGCUGCUGGAGAAACUUACACAGCUUAAAUGGCUGUUCGAAGCGCGCGAGCAAUUACACCGAGAAGCAUUCGACCUUGUCAGCGGUCGCGAUGAUAAAUACAAAAAAGUUGCUCUGUUGCCAUACCAGCAAAGCAAGAACGAAGACAAGCUACGUGAAACACAAGCCUUCUUCUUGAAAGAUUCCUUAGACCGACGUGUGCAGUAUGAGACCGAGGCGUUUGCCCGUCUUGAAUCGUUCCUAAAUAUCAUUGAACAGAAUGUUGUUCGUGGCGUCGAGAAACAACUAUCAGCCUUCUGGGAUAUUGCCCCCUCCCUCCUCGCCUUGGUACAACAGGUCCCAGAAAACCUGCAUGGUUUCCAGGUUCAGAUCCCGGCAAAUGAGUAUGAAGAGAACCCGAGCUACCAUGCGCAUCCGCUGCAGUAUCUCUACUCGCUGCUCUCGCAUGCCGAGAAGUCCAGUUACCAGUAUAUUGAGUCCCAGACCAAUCUUCUCUGCUUGUUACAUGAGGUCCGGUCGGCUCUGAUGCGAGCCAAUCGGAACCUUACGGAGGCGGAAAGAAUUCAGCGAGGGGAGUCUGAGGAAACAGUCCGUCAGAUGAUGGAGAUGACCCGAGCAGAUGAAGAGAUCUCUCUUACUACUGAUUUGAAGGACAAGGUGGCCACUGUUGAAGGGCAGUGGACAGAGGCUCUUGGAAGCCAGAUUGAAGUGUUACGAGAAAGAGUCAAAGAACAGCUCAUAAGUGAAGAUGCAUGGGAAGACUUGGAGAGAUUGGAGCAGGAAUAA